CGCUCCAUUUUCGUUCAUCACCGAGAUCUCUAUUCGCAAAACACAUCACAAAUAUUUUCAUCGUCUCAGGACGACGUAUCUACGGAAUCCCUAAAUUGUUAAAAUUGAAUUAUUAAAAUCGAAAUAUCGUGUGGAACUGUAGCUAAUAUCUUAGUCAAUUUAUCAUGGCAAAACCGGCACAAGAAGCCUCGCAAGAAGUACAAGCAGUACCAGAGGAAGUUGACGACAAUCUCACUUUGUUUGAAGCGUAUAUAAACGAGUCGUCUACUGCUUCUGAGAUAUUGGCAAUGGAAAAGACCUAUCUUAAAGCGGUAAGAGAAGAAAUGCUCACAAAUAAGCUUCGAUUCGAUUAUGCAACGGAACUAAUCAAAAGUGCGGUCCAUGGAGAUAUACGUAAGGGACUCGUUAUCUUGGAAGAUUUGAGCAUAAUACACCCUCAAGGAAAUCGAGAAUACUUUUUCUACCUGUCCCUUGGAUAUGCACGUCUUAAAGAAUACUCCAAUGCGUUACUGUGUCUGAAGUCCUUUUCACUGACUGCACCAGAAAAUAAGCAGCUUGUAGAGUGGAAAGAAUAUCUUGAAGCCAGGAUGAAACGAGAAGCAACAAUCGGCUUGGCCGUCACUACCGGUUCAGCUUUGCUUAUCUGUGGAAUCGUCGGUCUUGGUCUAAGCUUUUUGAGAAUGCGCCGAUAGUUUUGCCGUUCAUUUGAUUUUGAAAUUAUUUUUUUCUCUUUUGUGAUCGAAAUUUUCCUUCUAAGCAAACCAAACAGUUAAUAUUGAAAGAUCUCAGCGGUAGACUUAAUUUAUAUGUAAAUAGAAUGAUGAGUGGUGUAUGAUAUUGUAUUAGAGAUGUAAGAAGCUAUUUUGAGCGUCCAAACGGAUGCGAAAUAAAAUUCAAUUUUUUGUUACUUCAUA